AUGGUUAGAGGUAUCGUCAAAAUCUUGAUUAGUAAGCUUGGGGUGUUAGCAUAUGGCUCAAGAAUUGAGCAAAUCCUGGGUGUGAAGAUAGUUAACAUGAACAAUUACCCACCAUGUCCAAAGCUUACAGUUGGUGUAGGGCGUCACUCAGACUUGGGAACUAUUACAGUGUUGCUGCAAGAUGGAAUUGGUGACUUAUAUGUUAAAAUGGAAGAAGACAAUGAUGCUGGAAAAGGAGAGUGGUUGGAAAUUCCACCAAUCCCUAGAGCCCUGGUCAUCAAUAUUGGUGAUAUUUUAGAGGUUUGGUAUCUUGAAAUCUGA